GAGGCGACGGCGCCGCGAGCGAAUUCUCGCGGCACCUCGCGGGGCGUCCGGGGAACAAACGAGACGGGGGCAGGCGAGAAUCAGCGAGAAUCGGCGCGAUUUCGUAGCGCAGCGCAGCGACGGCCCUGGCCGGGGGUUGGUCUCUCUCUCUCUUCUAUCCAAAGUGUCGUACAUAAUUCGCGGUAACGACGGCGGCAGCGGUGGCUUUUGUUUCUCACGCGAGUGGUGUGGCAGGCGCGAAGAGCGGAGCGGCGGCGUAACGUAGAGCGUUACGAGCCACCGGUAGACGUAGAAGAGGAGUAGGAGAGCGGAGCAAAAGAGAGAGAGAGAGAGAAAGAGUGAGAAGAGGGAAGGGGACGGACAGGGAGAGAGAGAAACAGCGUCGGGAAGCGCUGGCACGCGGUGUUGCGAAAAAUGGCGAAGACGUUUCGGGUGACGGUCUCGACUCUGUCAAACAAUGGACAGUCCACGCCGAAGUACAACAAACCGGUCGCGCUCAAUAUUAAUUACGACCCGCAAGGCCUCAGCGUCGAGCUUGUCUCAGAUGUCAGCAGCAGGGAGAAAGCGACUCUACUGGAAUUCCCAGUGACUCCCAGCACCGAAUGCUCUCGUGUAUCAUCACGGAGUUAUGUUUUUACACUCGAUACAGAUAGCUUACUGAUUACAUUUGCUAAUGAACCAGAUUUUCGCGAUUUUCACUCACACAUAGUAAAACUCAAGAUGGGAAAAGGAGUAUCGGCAUUUAAUGAAAGAACGGAGGAAUCCUCGGCGAUGCAAUAUUUCCAAUUUUAUGGUUAUCUUUCGCAGCAGCAAAACAUGAUGCAAGAUUAUAUUAGGACCAGUACAUACCAACGAGCGAUUCUGGGGAAUCUGUCUGAUUUUAAGGAUAAGGUUGUACUAGAUGUAGGUGCUGGUUCUGGUAUACUAUCGUUUUUCGCUAUACAAGCUGGUGCGAAAAAAGUAUACGCAGUGGAAGCGAGCAAUAUGGCAAAUCAUGCUGAGCUUCUAGUUGCAGCUAAUAAUUUACAAGAUAAAAUAAUAGUCAUAGCUGGAAAAAUAGAAGAGAUCGAUUUACCCGAACACGUAGACUGUAUAGUGAGUGAGCCUAUGGGAUACAUGUUAUAUAAUGAACGAAUGCUCGAAACUUAUCUUCAUGCGAAAAAGUGGUUAAGUCCAGGCGGAAGAAUGUUUCCCUCCAGAGGUGAUCUGCAUAUCGCACCUUUUUCCGAUGAAAAUCUUUAUAUGGAACAGUUCAAUAAGGCCAACUUUUGGUAUCAGACAUGUUUCCACGGAGUAGAUCUCUCUGCCAUGAGAAAUAACGCCAUUAAAGAAUAUUUUAGACAACCGAUUGUCGAUACUUUUGAUAUUAGAAUAUGUAUGGCGAAAUCUGUGAGGCACAUAGUAGACUUCCAAACAGCUGAUGAGACUGAUUUACAUAAAAUAGAAAUAAAUGUCGAUUUUCAUAUACUGGAGAGUGGUACAUGCCAUGGUUUAGCUUUUUGGUUCGACGUAGCGUUUAUCGGAUCAACACAACAAGUUUGGUUAAGUACUGCUCCUACAGAACCUCUCACACAUUGGUAUCAAGUACGCUGCCUCUUAGAAAACCCAUUGUUUUGUAAAAGUGGGCAACUGCUGUCUGGAAAAGUCAUUCUUACAGCAAAUAAAAGACAAUCCUAUGAUGUAACAAUAGAACUGAAGCUUGAAGGAACAAAUCUAGAAAGCAGUAACAAUACCUUAGAUUUGAAAAAUCCUUACUUCCGAUACACAGGCGCUGCAGCACAACCGCCUCCUGGUUUAAAUAACACUUCACCUAGCGAAUCCUAUUGGACGACUCUAGAUGCGCAGGGUGCUCGACAAGCAGUGAAUAUGGUCAAUGGAAUGUCGGUUAAUGGUCUUGGCGAAGUGUCGAUGGAUACAAGCGCCACAGUAAAUCCAAAUAAUUUGCUGGCAAUAGGAGGACAACCAAACAUUCAUCCGGGUUCCAUUUCGAGUACAGGACGGGGUCGCGUAGGAGGUACAGCGACGAGCACUCAAGCAGCACAAUUAAUAGGUGGUGGAAUAACUCCAAAUAUGUUUACAUCACCUGCCACUCUUGGUGUUACUUUCCAGCAAUCGCUGGUCCUCGGCAACACUUCUCAUUACCCAGUGAAUCCCAGCCUGAUGAUCGGUGACUACGUGACUCCUGGAAACGGCAUAUCGCCACAGGCGUAUCGGCAAUGAUCUAUGGCGAAAUCGUUUCUCGCCGAGUAUUCCCGCAAAGUAAAACAAUUACAAAACGAUCGUAAUAAUAGUAGCAGUAUUGGAGACAUCGGCAACAACAGUAAGCAAGGCCGCAAACUGGUAUUUAGCUCCCCAACCAGUAAGCUUCGCCUCUCGUCCGCCGUACGAAUUUUAAGUACUGUCGACCUGGCCAAUUUCAAUUCAGAUUUUAGCCAUAACAACGUUACUUAUUCAAACAAAAGUACAGCCAGUCCUGAGUUUGCGUUCGAUUGGAAUCCUGUCAGGAAUAAGUCUCAAUUGGAGGCACGUUGGAAAAGACUGCGAGCCGUCCUCUCGUAGUUGUCAUUAGC